GACCGGCACUGGUUCUGUAUAGCCGUCCCACCAGUUGUAAUGCGGCAGGAAGAUCUCAAGCAGCAAUCUUCUGACUCAGAAAUUGUGAGCGUCGAGCACUGAAAGUCUCCUGGUCAGGUUCUGACCUUUUAGUGCGAUGCUAGACUCGCUAAGGAAGCACGCAUUAGUGAUUCUCGUCGCCAUCCUGUUCGCCACGUAUCGCCUAUCACGGCUGGAGGGCGAACGCGGACGGCGGGGGGCAAAUAUCGAGCAGGAAUUCGAGACCGUCGUAGGCUUCCUGCAUCGACAUCUGGACACCAAGUACCGCGUGCUACGCAUCGCCCCACCGCCGCAUUCAGCAACCAAACUGCACGCGAUGAUAGUAAACGCUGGGUUCGCCAUCCCACACGUGGAAGCUGAAGUGUUCGUGGAUCAGCAGUUUGCACUGGAUCAAAGCAAACAGAAGCGAAGAGAUCGCCAGCCUUUGCCGCCUGUACACUUUCGAGUAUAUGACACCGAUGCGAUGACAUCGAUUGCUGAGGUAUUCUAUGUUGCUGUCGUCCGGAACGUGUUGCCACCGUCUAAACACGAGUAAUAUUGCAAUUCAGACUCUCCAACAGCGGAACCUCAUCGCCUCGUACGAACAAGGAUAUCAACCUAUCUAAGCAUCGCAUUGGAGAACUCGAUCGCGUCGCUAUUGGAAGCUGGACUUAAAGGUUGAACAUGUCGAUCUCCUCUUCCUCUGCUUCUGCUUCAUUUCUGCUCGUGUUGCUGCUUUCAAGGGCUUGUUGUAGCUGGGCAUCGGACUUCCAGCCGAACUGAACGACUGUAGCUGUGAGGUUGUCAAUACUGCCUUUUUUGUACGCUGCCUUGACGAUCGCAUCAGCCGCGGCCUUGGCAUUGUGGAAGUGUGGUAAAACAAUGUCCACCGCGUCUUGCUCGCUCAAGACGUCCCAGACGCCAUCAGAGGCUAGGACAAGAAACAAAUCGUCAUGUUCUACAAUUACUCGCUUCACCUCUGGCUCACACGAAACCAGCGGUGUCGGAGUCUUCAGAGAUCGGUCGCCAAAUGCUCGCGAGACCGCCAAAUACGUCGUCUUCUCACGUUCCAUGGCCAAACCAGCACCAGCUGCGGAAUACACGCGGGAUAAACCUGCAAUCUUUCCCACAAAGCCACCAGCUCUUUCAAUUCUCUGCUGUUCAUCGGGACGAUCCGGUUUGUGGUCACUUGUCAGCGCUACACCUCGGCCUCCACGACACAUAACAGCACGGCAGUCACCUACAUUUACCGUGUAAAAGGUCAAUCCUUCACUGUCCUCUUCAUCGCUAAAGCCAGCUGUGUCCGCUAAGAACCAAACCAGUAGAGCCGUAGAACCAUCUUGCGACGGAUUCUUCUGCAAGAUCUGGGAAUCCAUUCGUUCGAAGGCCUCUUUGAAGGAUUUCAAGAAGUGACUGUGCUGUUCCUUGCACCAUUUUCGUCGCUCUUCCAGGCGUACUGCUUGCUCAGCGUUAAUUUGUAAUACUUCGCUGUCUAAUUGCGCGAUAGUAUCUGCGAGUUGAUCGACCAGAGCUUGUAUUUCAUCAACUGAACUCUCGGAAUCUGGAUCUUUCAGAGUUUCCAGCUCUCUAAGUUGGUGACGCAGUAGUUUUACUUGCUCAAUGAUAGCAUUUCUGCGAGCUUUCUCUUGAUUCGAUUGCUCAUGGGAGCGUUCCAAGUCAGCGAACGCUUUUCGUCCGAUGCUUUGCCGUAUCACAGAGGCGACAGAUUUGACAAGAUGUCGCGAUAGGAAGUCUGCUGAAAAGGUUCCACCGUGACCAUCAAAAACUCCAAACACUAGUCCAGGAAAGAGCUCCGCGGAAGAAACUUGACGAUCCUCAUUGCUUGUUUUCAUGCCAGCCCAUGACUCAGUCGCAAACCGCAGUCCAGGAAUUGAGAAGCAUCCAUGCUGCUCCUGCACCAAAGGCUUAACUCGAUCAACUUGUUCCUUAUUACGCGAAGAUUUUGUCUGUUUGUCGCCCUCAAUAUCGUCAUCAUCACGGAACUUUCGCUUCGACAUUGUCGACUUGGGAGUCACAACUUGUGACCCCUGACAGGCGUUUAGAUUUCGUUUAUUCGGCUCCUCCUUUCGUGCAUUUAGCGACGGUCUGCACUAAAGGCUAGCGUUAGUCUAGGUAACUCCAUACCGUCAUAGGACAUUGGGUGAUUCAAAACUACUCAACGGAGUGGAGUUGAAGCCCAGACUUCACAGACGAAGCCCCAGCCAGACCACGGUCGAUGUCGCACAGCAGCGGGCAAAUACUGGUUUAAAAGCAACAACAAAAAAUAAUCACCACGUCAGCAACAAUGAAUGCAGACAAAUGCUUGAUACACAUACAUGGAAUCGGGGUGCGUUGUUGGCCAUUGAACCCACAAAUCUUCAACUGCGCUAAGAGCACGUUCAUGAAUCACCACCACACAAAUCGCGUCGUAUCCACCCGCUGAGAACAUCAACACUUCCGGUUAGCUGAAUUCACACAACUCAAAUAUACCAGUGCUCAUGUAAGCGUACCUCCAGGGACCCCAGCAAGAAGAACACCAGGGAUCGCUAGCGUUGCGUCGAGGAUAGCAGUCUGCUCGGGUGGCUCGAUAGGGACUCCAGCUGCAGCUCCCAUUUCGCUAUAUAGUGUCAUGAACAAAAAGUGUCAGAUUAUCAUCGCAUCAGCUUCUAAAACUAAGUUGAGCUUACCGCAUAAGGUCUCGGAAACAAGAAAAGGCUUCACUGAGUUUCAGAAGAACGGCCCCAACCUUAGCGUCUGUCGUACUCCACUAUACACACAAUGGUAAGCUUAUCAAACCAUUACGAGAGAACGAAAAGAAGGCAGAUAUGCACCUGUUCACCGCGUUGAGUAGCCAAGGCUUCCCAAUUAAUGGGAGUGUUGUCGUUUUCUUCCAGCUCGCAGAUUUCCGCAAAUCCCUGCUCGACCUCUAGAUUGUGGUGGUGAAUUUCAUCCAUCACUCUCUUUGCUUCACCAGGUUGCUGUUUUUGCCACUUCAACACCUGUCGAACCAUUGACACAGUCGCUGAACCAGACGACACGUCUCCCAUCAGUAAGUGGAAGCUUGAAGGCAGGCGAACAGGUUUCUACCGGUACAUGCAACAAAUUUUAAUAAGAAACGAUAAAAAGAACCAGCAUCAAUGUCCGUAAACUGACAUA